UUUUCUAUGUCCACCACAGUGCAUGUCAUUGAUAAAUAACUGUGUGUAUAGUAUAGAUCAGUGACUAAAAGAUGGUCUAAGAUGGUCGAAGAAAGUCUGGAAGACUAAGUGGUCACAGUGACAUAUACAGCUGAUAUAUUUUUUUUAAAUACAAUUGGUAACCGACUCUUCGAUCAUGUCAUACCUGAAUCAACCUGAUUAUGUGCGUUACGCUUGUAACUGCGGAUCUCUGAAACCAAUUCCGAAAAUUUACUUCUGUAGGCACUGCUUGAAAAUUCGGUGCUGUUACUGUGUCCGUCAAGAGGUUGAUUUUCUUUAUUGUCCUAAUUGUAUGGAGAUCUUUCCACCAACAGAGGCUCGUCUUAAGAAAAACAAGUGUACAAACUGCUUUGAAUGUCCUUACUGUUUUCAUGCUUUGUCUACGAGAGCUGGUCAUGUGCCUUUAAGAGUAGUACCUCCCGAAGGAGAAGAUACCAAAGAUGUUAAAACAACACCAAAGAAAGUUUAUUAUUUGUUCUGUUCCUUAUGUAGAUGGACUUCUAGAGAUGCUGGUAUCCCAGAUCAAUCUGUAGCUACUGGAGGAUGGCCUGAACAAGAAAAUCCACAUACAAAUCGUAUUAAUGCUUUAAUUGAUUAUCAUAAAAUAUUAGCUCGUGUAGAGAAGCAACAAUGCGAAAAAAAAUUUCGACCUAAACGUCCUUAUAUGCAAAUGGCUAUGUUGACCAUAACAUCUGCUAUGGUUCGUAAACAUAUCGUUGAUGCCGUGAAACCUCCAGCUCUAACACAGUCAAGCGAUCAUCCUCCGCCAUCCGUUGCUAGCGAAGAGGUAGAGGAAUUACCCGCAGAAAUUUUUACGGAACCAGUAGACAUAACUAAGAUCACCACAUUAGAACAAAGAUUACAGCAUCUGGAUGUGCAAACCGAAAAAGUGAACGAUUUACGUCCACAGCACAGACAGUACUUAGUCAGGGGAUCACAGCGCUGCCGCGUUUGUGAACAUAGCGUUAGUAAACCAGAUCUCUCUUCACAGUCUGUAAGAUUUAAGAUUCAGCUUGCUGCAUUUUACCAUGUACCAGAGGUAAGAAUUGUUACUUGCGAACCACUUCGCCCGGGCAAAGUAAGUGAAUUGCUACUGAAAUUUUGUAACCCAACUCAACAUCAAACUCAAGUAAUAUUGUUGCCAUUGGACACGCCAAUGUCUCCUGUACACGUUACGAGUGAUAAAGACGAGAUUAAACAGGAGAACGUACAACAGGGCCCUGAAUCUCCAAACUUAUUGCCUUCUAUUGUACGACAAGUGCCUGUAGUGGAAGAAACUAAGCCUAUAAAAAUAAGUGCGAAUGCGGAUAUACUUUUACCUCAAAGCCCUUUUAUACUACCACCAAAGGACGAUACCGCCGAAUACUAUGAUACAGGAGAUAAUCACGAUGCUCAAAAUUUUCAAGAUGAUCCCAAGCUCGUGAUCUGGCGAAAAGGAAACAAAGCAGUGAUCAAAUUACACGUAACCCCUCACGAGGAUUUAAAGGAAAGUGAAAAUGCAUCAGUCAUAGUUGGAUUUGUUAUGCAACAUGGAUAUGUGAAUACAAUCACAACAUCAAGACCCGAAAAGCUGGAUCUCAAAAUUAAAUUAUAUAUUACUGUGGGAAAUACUGUUGGCAGUGCUUAAUGCUUGCUACUGAUAAUUAUAAAGAUAAUUGAACUCACAAUUGCUAAUAUGGAAUGCUUACACUAUAAACAAUCUAGCAAUAUAUAAAACUGAUAAAAAUUUCAUUAAACUAACUCUUUCAUGCUUUGCAAUUGAAAACCAUUUUAUUUAUAUUAAUUUUAGAAUCAAUACUAAUCAAUCUAUUUAACUUUUCUACUGUUAUUUAAAAAAAUAUAUAAUAUUAGAAAAUUGUAUACAUUGUAUAAGAAAUGGUAUUAUAAAUUAUAUACCAAUAAAAGUUAUGUUUAUUA